ACAAAGUAAUAGAUCAAUGAUGAAAUCUCUUUCAUGUCAACUGAACCUCUCCAAAACUGAGUUUCUUGUCUUCCCCCCCUCAGCCCGGACACCACCCCCCAUUGACUUCUCCAUCACAUCCAACAACGCCACCAUCAAACCCGCCCCGAUGGCCAGAGUACUUGGUGUCAUUCUGGACUUACAACCUAUCCUUCCAGCCCCAAGUCCAAUCUUUAACAAACUCGUGCAGACUCCACCUCCGCAACAUCGCCAAAAUCCGCACGUUCCUAACCCCAGAAACCACUAAACAGCUCAUCCACUACCUCAUCAUAUCACGACUCGACUACUGCAACUCCCUCCUCACUGGCCUGCCUCGCCGCUGGCUAUCCCCGCUUCAGUCCAUCCUGAAUACGGCUGCCAGACUCAUUCACCUUUCCAACCGCUCUAUCUCCGCCACCCCCCCUCUGCCAAUCCCUCCACUGGCCU